UUAUACCCGCCGUGAAGUGAAAGCACGGCUGUAUCAGUGCAGUCCUACAGUCCUCGACAGAAUACUGUCUUCAAAACAGCUACCCUGGACCCUAUAGGGAGUAGCCUAUUUCCACUGCAGUGAUGCCAGAAUCCACACAAGAGUUUCCAGACAUUUCCUAUGAUUCUUACAGGAACAAAGGGAAUCUCCUGGGUCAUUACACUCAGUCUACUAACUUUUAUAGUCCGAUAAGUGACUUUUGUACAGAAGACAACAUCCCAGAAUGUAUUUUGUACCUGAACCAGGAGGCUGCAUCCCUGGGUUUCCCUGCUGUCCAGCCAGACCCAGAGGGAGGUGACGGGGGGCUGGACGUGGAUGUGGUAUCCCUGCUGAACAGCAUGUAUGCCCUGCUGGAACGGCACCACCGGGUCCUGAGGGCCCUGGACCAGCUGGAGGCUGAGAGGCUCCGCAGUGUUGGCGACAUGCAGAGGCAGCAGCUCAGCCAAGGCCGGCUCAAGGAUCAACUUGAAAUAACUAAGAGGGAAAAUGCAAGACUUCAGGAGAGAGAAAGGCAGCUGCAGUUAAAUAUUAAAAGCCUGAAGAAAUCUCUUAAAAAUGAAAAAGAGGAGGUGCAGAAGCUGCAGAACAUUCGAGCAAGUCGCUCUAUGCAGUACAAUCAUGAUAUGAAGAGAAAAGAAAGAGAAUACUACAAGCUGAAGGAGCAUUUAAAUCAGCUAUUGAUUGAUAAAAAGGAUAACAAACAAGCUAUUGAAGUUCUGAAUUGUGUGGGUAGAUCAGAUGGAAGGAGAGGUCAGUGGAAAACUAGAAAGACAGAAGCCAGGCAUGAGGAAGAGAUGUACCAGACUCUCCUGAAUGACUUUGAUAACCGUCAGCGCGAGCUGAUGCUGGAGAAUGUAGAGCUGCGGAAAGUGCUUCAGCAAAUCAAAAAAGAGAUGAUCAGUAUCUUAAGUCCAAAGCAGUCUAGCUGGAGAGAAGUGAGGCAGGAACACUGCGAAAACCAGGAUGUAGGUUCUGAUGAGGAGGUUGUGUGCGAAUCUGGCCGGGAUAGCUUGGAACAGAGCUGUGAGCAAGCCAAAGAAGAGCUAACUAACAGCAUUCGCCAGCAGUGGAGGAAACUCAAACACCACGUGGAAAAACUAGAUAGCCAAGUGUCCUUGGGUCAUGUUCAGCAGAAGGACAGUGAGGUCAUGGCCAUAGAGGCCCAUGACAAGGAGAUGGACCAGCUCCGGCAGGAGAUCCAGCAGUGCAAGGACUUCAUCCACACGCAGCAGCAGCUCCUGCAGCAGCAGCUUAGCUCCCCCUGUGAUGAAGAGACCGCUUCUCUUUUGAAAGACUGCUACAUGCUGGAGGAAAAGGAACGGUUGAAAGAAGAGUGGAAUGUUUUUGAAGAACAGCGCAAGAACUUUGCUACUGAAAGACAGAGUUUCACUGAGGCAGCUAUCAGGCUGGGCCGUGAGAGAAAACUCUUUGAAGAAGACCGUGGUACCUGGCUCAAACACCAGUUUCUCAACUUGUCAUUUGCAGAUCAUGUGAACCAACCAUUGUCAAAGUCUACGGGCGUCUUAUCAGAAUAUGUGGAGGUGUCUCCAGCUCCGUCGUCUCUGAGUGACGUUCUGUCUCAGAUGGUGUUCAGCCCUCCUGAGGGCUCAUCUGUGAGACCAUCGUCCUCCGCCGACUACCAGCAGACCCACCUCCCUCAGAGCAGGUUCUGAGACCUUCACACUCAUUCUACAGAAGGACGCAGAUGAAGGCCCACUCUCUGGACAGUGCUUCCCAGCACAGCUUUUUAGUGUCAGACAAGCUGCUUCACACACUGGAUCUUCAUCAGCUGGAGAAUUUUCCACUCUUACAGUCUGAAACUCCAUGCAUUACUCUUGUCCAUUUGUUAACAGUAAGAUCAGACCCCCGUUUGAAAGCCGGCAAGUAAAUAUAUGACUAAAUAUAGGUGCAAAUAGUUCAUCGUUUUAUUAUUAUUUAUGAUAGAAUCCAAUUAAUGUGGAGAAUGCUAGAUGAGCCAUGUCUUGCCUAGGGAGCUGACAGAUGACAGAUGUUACAAUUAUUCAUACAGUGCAUUAAUAUAGUACCUUAUGCUUGUGAUUAAUGCUCAUAUAGACUAAAUGAAAACACCAAAUUAAUUUAAACAUACAGUAUACAGUAAUUUGUAUAAUAAUGUAUGGUCAAAACAUUUACAUUAUUUUUUGCAAAAAAGGUUUUAUACCAUUAGGCUUUUAGAUAAGCUUACCACAUUACAAUAUGUAGUAUGUCUGCCAAUGCUCAGUUGGUGUAGAGAGCUCAUCAUUUUGUUACAACAUGCAACUCCAUUCCACAUUCUUUAUAAACUCACUGUUUAUAAUUUACACAUUUUGCCAGAAGGAAUUGCCAGUUGGUUAUUUAAUGUUAAAAUGUUUAUCUUUAUAGACACUUUAUAGAUAGUUUGGCUUUUUCCAAAUGCAUUGUACUUUUUUCAGUUCUAUUUAGUAUUUGUACUCAAACGUGCAUAGCAAUAUGGCUGAGGCCUGCUGUCCUUGGAUUAUAAUUACCGCUGAUAACGUAUAUCACAGGAGUAAAAAAUGAUGUUAAGUUGUGCUUAAUUUAAUGCUUUCAGAUUAAAUAAAUACAUUCAUUACUA